GUCUCCCUUCCUUGUCCACCUACGUAGAGAGAGAGAAAAAAAAUUCAAGCAGGCAAUCGCAAUCCAAAAAGGAAAAGGGAUUGAAAAGCUAGGGUUUUCGCCAUGGCCAUCGCCCACCUCGAGCUCUCCUCCCUCGAAUCCACCCUUCCCACGCUCUCCUAGCUCCCGCAUCUGGCAUCUCCACAAAAAGCAGCCGCCUUUGGUUCCCCUCCCCCGGCCCCCCGCUGCCUCGCCCCCAUUCGAGGGUUUCCCCUCCUUCCCCCUCCCCCCAAAUCGAAUCGCAGCAUUACCGACCGAGCAAGCAACCCACCCCACCCACCCGCCUUCAAGGGUUGGAGCCGACCGACGGCGCUGGCGAUCCAGCAGGGCGUGAGGGCGGCGGAGGCGGGCGGAUAAUCAAUGUGUACGCUGUGCGCCGUGCAGCGCUGGUCGCGGCGCGUCGCCACCAUGCUCCCGUGGCUCGUCGUCCCGCUCAUCGUCAUCUGGGCCGCCACCCAGCUGCUCCUCCCGGCCGCCUACCGCUUCGAGGUCACCUCCCCGCGCCUCGCCUGCGUCUCCGUCCUCCUCCUCACCCUCUUCUGGUACGAGAUCCUCCUCCCGCGACUCUCCCUCUGGCGCGCCCGCCGCUCCGCGCGCCUCCGCGAGGAGCGCCGCGCCCACGCCCUCGAGCUCCACAAGCUCCGCAAGACCGCAACCCGGCGCUGCCGCAACUGCAGCAACCCGUACAAGGACCAGAACCCCGGCGGCGGUAAGUUCAUGUGCUCUUACUGCGGCCAUGUCUCUAAGCGCCCCGUGCUAGACCUCAAUUCAGCCGGGAAGGCCCCCACCGGAUGGCCUUGUGCUCAGGAUUGUGGAUAUUGGCUGGACCUGCGCUGCUCCUCCAGCAACAACACCUCCUUCUUGGGAUUCCUGUGGCGCUUGCUUUCGUCCUUUUGCUCGGCAGCAACGAGGUGGUUAUUGAGGAAUAUAUUCAGAUUUACAUCCUCAGGGGAUGGUGAGGGCUUGAGCAUAGAUGGUAAAAGGUUGGCAAAGAGAGGAGAGAAUGGAGGAAAAGCCGAGGAGAGCAGGACCGAGAAGGCGAGAAGGAAGGCGGAGGAGAAGAGACUGGCAAGGCUGGAGAGGGAAAUGCUGGAGGAGGAGGAAAGGAAGCAGCGAGAGGAGAUGGCUAAGCUAGUAGAGGAACGCAGGAAGCUGAGGGAUGAAAAGGCAGAGGCCAAGGAGUGGUCAAAAAGCGCUACCCCUGUUGGGGAGAAGGAUGCUAGGAAGGAGGCUGAGAAGCGGCGUCAGGAGAGGAAGAAGAAAGAGGACAAGGGGUCAAGCAAGAGCAAUUCAGAUUGCGAGGACAUUGAUAGAAGAUUGGGCCGAGAAGGCGAUAGGAAGCGAGACUCUGACAGAAAGAGUGACUUGGACAGGCGUGAGGGUUACAAAGCUCACCACAUUGAUUCUAACAAUCACAGUAAUAAAACAGGGGAGAGCAGAUCGAAAUACUUUGGCCGUAUGACAGGUGGUUUUUUAUCUUCUUCAAGAGGGUUUGGCGGUGGUUCCUUCUUUGGCAGAACUGCUCAGGCCCCUGCCCCUCAAGCUAGCAAGGUUAGUAGACCUGUAGUUCCUGCAACUGACCAGGGUAAUGCAAUCAAAAGAGAUGUCCAGCAUGCAGCCACACAAGCUACAGGCAAAUCUGCUACAGCUGGAGAAACUAGAAAUGCAUGGACUAAUUUUAAUCGACCUGUUAGUCCAAAUGUGCAGCCACACCCUACUGGCCUUAAAAAGUCAUGGCAUCAGCUGUUUAGUCGUUCAGCAUCAGUGUCCCCUUGUCCUGAUGUUACAACUUCAGUUCAUGAUAUGAUUCGGAAGCCAGAACCAAAUGGAGCUCAAAUAAACAAUGCUCAUACAUUUCUCUCUCAGUAUCCUCCUCUGGACUACAAGCCAAGUUCAAGCCAGUCCAUGCAAUUUCCAGGUUUUCCACCACUUAAUGUAGCACCUCCCAGUAACCCACUACCUCAUUUUCCUGCUGGACAUAUGCCCUUCUAUGAUGAUGCGGAAUCAACACUGCUUGAAGAACCAGAGCAAUUUGAGGACCCAUGCUAUGAUCCAGAUGCAAUUGCAUUACUUGGGCCAGUUUCAGAAUCUCUAGAUAACUUCCCUCCGGACUUCGAUUGUGGCUUCCUUUCAAGUGACAUUAUUAAAGAAUCACAUGGGAGGCCUUCACCAAUUGAGUCUCCUCUCUCAAGAUCUCGUACGGCUGAAGAAAAGCCUAUCAAACCCCCGCACUCAUCAAUUGCACCUGGUGGUUCCAUACUGCCUGAGACUAGCAGUGAACAAGGCACAUGGCAAAUGUGGAGCACACCAUUGGUUCAGGAAAGUUUAGGUCUUCAAGGUCCUCAGAGUCAGUGGCUUCGGCAAAACACAAAUCAAUUCAACCAUAGUGCCAACCUUUUCAGCAGCGGAGGUGGAGCAAUAAGUUCCCUGGGUACUGGUUUGAAUGACAGUGAUCCAUGGAUGCAGAAAGCACCUUUCCAGCAAUUGCCACCUGAUACACCAAGCCUGUUCCUUUCACAUGAAAUGCCAGGAAAAUUACACAACGACUUGGUUUUUGGGUCUCCAAACAAAUCAGCCCGCGAACACCCCUUUGGGCCGCCUGGUUAUUUGUGGCCCAAGGAGGAACUGGCGCUGAAUGGAGCUCAGGAAGGUGGCGGUGGGCAUAUCCUGUCGCCGUCCGGCGCACAUGUUGGCGGUGGUGUUGGCUUAUUUUCUUCAACAAGUCCUGAUGUACAGUCACUGUGGUCAUUCAAUGAAAAAGAGACAGCAUAGAACGAACAGACUUUUAUAAUAGAAGGAAGGGGGAAAAAAAAUUGUGGAGCCAAGGUUUCCUUGCCUCCUCUCUUGUAGGGUUUACUACCGUCUUACCGAGGAGAUAAGCUGGACUGUGUUCCUUGAUGAUGCAAAAAAAGAUAUGGGGUCGUCAUUUUGUUUCCUAGCACUCACCCUUACCUGUUAACAUGCGUCCUGAUGUUUCUUUUUUCUUUU